AUGUUAAUAGUCGGCCUAACCGGUGGGAUUGCUUGUGGAAAGAGCACAGUAUCUAGAAGGCUCAAGGAACAUCAUAAGUUACCGAUAGUAGAUGCAGAUAAGAUUGCAAGAGAAGUGGUUCUACCAGGUACAAAAACCUACCAAAAAAUAGUGGACUAUUUCGAGGAUAAACUACCUGAUUUGUUAUUAGAAGAUGGUAAUUUGAAUAGACCUUCCUUAGGAAAAUGGGUAUUCAGUAAUCCAAGUGAUUUAAAGAUGCUCAAUGGAAUAACUCAUUCAGCAAUAAGAUACAAAAUGUGCGAAGAAAUGAUGUCUUACUAUAUUAAAGGAUACAGUGUAUGCAUAAUGGAUGUACCACUGCUCUUCGAAAGUAAGUUAGAUGUCUUCUGUGGCGUUACUGUCAACGUUAUCUGUGAUGAGGAAACGCAACUAGAAAGGCUCCAAAUCAGAAAUACUGAAUUGUCAAUUGAGGAUGCAAGGCAAAGAAUUAAAGCACAGAUGCCAAUGAAUGAAAGAAUUCAGAGAACUGACUAUCUGAUAGAAAAUAAUGGAACUCUUACUGAAUUAUAUGACCAAGUCGAUGACCUUAUUAAAAAGAUAAAACCGACUUUUGUGAGAACUGCAUUGGAAUAUUUCCCUCCAUUUGGUAUCGUUAGUGGCGGCGCUAUCGUCAUGUCAAGAUUGUUAAUGUCAAAAAUUAAAAAUGAAGCUAUAUAA